ACACAGGGAACACACACUGACACACACGUACACAAAGAUCUGAGCCAGGUUGUGGGAGGCCUGUUGACUGGGGCUGCUUUUAACCCUUUCAUAUUUGCAGAGAAUGCAACGGUGUGACAGUAACUGAACACUGGUCCAAAGUCUUUUCAAAAGGUCAAGGUUCACAAGAACAAUCAGAUUCAUGACCAUGGGGGAUAUGAAGACCCCCGACUUCGAUGACCUCUUGGCAGCAUUUGACAUACCAGAUAUGGUUGAUCCUAAAGCAGCGAUUGAGUCCGGACACGAUGACCACGAAAGCCACGUUAAGCAGAACGCUCACGUGGAUGACGACUCUCACACUCCAUCAUCCUCCGAUGUCGGCGUCAGUGUGAUUGUGAAGAACGUUCGCAACAUUGACUCCUCCGAGGGAGUGGAGAAAGAUGGCCACAAUCCCACAGGCAACGGUUUGCAUAACGGGUUUCUCUCAGCAUCCUCUCUUGACAGCUAUGGUAAGGAUGGAGCCAAGUCCUUAAAAGGAGACGCAGCUGCCUCAGAGGUGACUCUUAAGGACCCAGCAUUCAGCCAGUUCAGCCCCAUCUCCAGCGCUGAGGAGUUUGAGGAUGAUGAGAAAAUAGAGGUGGACGACCCUCCUGACAAGGAGGAGGCGCGGGCCGGUUUCAGAUCAAAUGUGCUGACGGGCUCAGCUCCCCAGCAGGACUUCGACAAACUGAAGGCACUUGGAGGGGAAAACACCAGCAAGACUGGAGUAUCUGCAUCAGGCCACAUGGAUAAAAACAAAGUCAAGAGAGAAGCAGAAGGCAAUUCAAUAACCCUGAGUGUUUAUGAGUCAUUUAAGGUCAGAAAAGCAGAGGAUAAGUUGAAGGAGAACUCUGAGAAGAUGCUUGAGAACAGGGUCCUCGAUGGGAAGCCGAGCUCCGAGAAGAAUGACUCCAGCAUGGCUGCCGCCACAUCCUCCAAGACAAAGUCGUCCUCAAAGCUCUCGUCGUGCAUAGCCGCCAUCGCAGCUCUCAGUGCUAAGAAGGCUGCUUCUGACUCCUGCAAAGAGCCUGUGCCCAACUCGAGGGAAGCGUCUCCAUUACCAAAAGAAGUGAAUGACAGCCCCAAAGCUGCUGACAAGUCUCCUGAAUCCCAGAAUCUUAUUGAUGGCACCAAGAAGGCCUCCCUGAAGCCAUCAGAUAGUCCCAGGAGUGUAUCCAGUGAGAACAGCAGCAAAGGAUCCCCAUCCUCUCCUGUGGGGUCUACCCCAGCAAUCCCCAAAGUCCGCAUCAAGACCAUCAAGACAUCUUCUGGAGAGAUUAAGAGGACAGUGACUAGAGUACUGCCAGAAGUGGACCUGGACUCUGGGAAGAAGCCUUCGGAGCAGGCAGCGUCCGUGAUGGCAUCUGUGACGUCACUUCUGUCAUCUUCAGCAUCAGCCGCAGUCCUCUCCUCCCCACCCAGGGCACCUCUGCAGACAGCCAUGGUUACCAGUGCAGUUUCCUCUGCAGAGCUGACCCCCAAACAGGUCACCAUCAAGCCCGUGGCUACGGCUUUUCUACCCGUGUCUGCUGUCAAGACAGCAGGGUCUCAAGUCAUCAAUCUGAAGCUCGCUAACAACACAACGGUGAAAGCCACGGUCAUAUCCGCUGCCUCUGUUCAGAGCGCCAGCAGUGCCAUCAUCAAAGCUGCCAAUGCCAUCCAGCAGCAAACCGUUGUGGUGCCGGCAUCCAGCCUGGCCAAUGCCAAACUCGUGCCAAAGACUGUGCACCUUGCCAACCUUAACCUUCUGCCUCAGGGUGCCCAGGCCACCUCUGAACUCCGCCAAGUGCUCACCAAACCUCAGCAACAAAUAAAGCAGGCAAUAAUCAAUGCAGCGGCCUCGCAACCACCUAAGAAGGUGUCUCGCGUCCAGGUGGUGUCCUCCUUGCAGAGCUCUGUGGUGGAAGCUUUCAACAAGGUGCUGAGCAGCGUCAACCCAGUCCCUGUUUACAUCCCGAACCUCAGUCCUCCCGCCAACGCAGGGAUCACAUUACCCAUGCGAGGCUAUAAGUGCUUGGAGUGUGGGGAUGCCUUCGCCCUAGAAAAGAGCCUGAGCCAGCACUACGACAGGCGUAGUGUGCGCAUCGAAGUAACAUGCAACCACUGUACAAAGAACCUUGUUUUUUACAACAAAUGCAGCCUGCUUUCUCAUGCCCGAGGGCAUAAGGAGAAAGGCGUGGUAAUGCAGUGCUCCCACUUAAUCCUAAAGCCAGUCCCAGCCGACCAGAUGAUAGUCUCUCCGUCCAGCAAUACUGCGGCUUCCACUCUGCAGAGCUCUGUGGGAGCUGCCACACACACUGUCACAAAAGUCCAGCCUGGCAUAGCUGGGGCAGUUAUUUCAGCUCCUCCAAGUACACCCAUCACCCCAGCCAUGCCCCUAGAGGAAGACCCCUCCAAGCUCUGUAGACACAGUCUCAAGUGUUUGGAGUGUAAUGAAGUCUUCCAGGAUGAGACGGCCCUGGCUACACAUUUCCAGCAUGCUGCAGACACGUGUGGACAAAAGACUUGCACUGUCUGCCAGAUGCUGCUUCCUAACCAGUGCAGCUAUGCUUCACAUCAGAGAAUCCAUCAGCACAAAUCUCCCUACACCUGCCCCGAGUGCGGGGCCAUCUGCAGGUCGGUGCACUUCCAGAGCCACGUCACCAAGAACUGUCUGCACUACACACGGAGAGUUGGUUUUCGAUGUGUACAUUGCAAUGUUGUGUACUCUGAUGUGGCCGCACUGAAGUCUCACAUUCAAGGCUCUCACUGUGAAGUCUUCUACAAGUGCCCUAUCUGUCCAAUGGCGUUUAAGUCUGCCCCAAGUACACAUUCCCACGCCUACACGCAGCAUCCUGGCGUCAAGAUAGGAGAACCAAAAAUAAUCUAUAAGUGUUCCAUGUGCGACACUGUGUUCACCCUGCAAACCUUGCUGUAUCGCCACUUUGACCAGCACAUUGAAAACCAGAAGGUGUCUGUUUUCAAGUGUCCAGACUGUUCUCUUUUAUAUGCCCAGAAGCAACUUAUGAUGGACCAUAUCAAGUCUAUGCAUGGAACAUUGAAAAGUAUUGAAGGGCCUCCAAACUUGGGUAUAAACUUGCCUUUGAGCAUUAAGCCUGCAACUCAGAAUUCAGCAAACCACAGCAGAGAGGACGCCAAGUCCAUGAAUGGGAAAGAGAAAUUGGAAAAGAAGUCUCCAUCUCCUGCAAAGAAAUCCACAGACUCUAAGAAGAUGUCCAGUCUCGGGUGGACGUGUUGGGAGUGUGACCGUCUGUUCACACAGAGGGAUGUGUAUCUGUCCCACAUGAGGAAGGAGCAUGGGAAGCAAAUGAAGAAGCACCCCUGCCGCCAGUGUGACAAGUCUUUCAGCUCCUCCCACAGCCUGUGCCGCCACAAUCGCAUCAAGCACAAAGGCAUCAGGAAGGUUUACGCCUGCUCGCACUGCCCAGAUUCCCGGCGGACCUUCACCAAGCGGCUGAUGCUGGAAAAGCACAUACAGCUGAUGCACGGGAUCAAGGACCCUGACGUCAAAGAGCUGAGUGACGACGUCACCAACGAGGAGGAGGAGGAAGAGGAGGAGGAAGAGGAGGUGGAGAUAAAGGAGGAUGCCAAGGUUCCCAGUCCCAAGCGGAAGUUGGAGGAGCCGGUUUUAGAGUUCAGGCCUCCCAGAGGAGCCAUCACUCAGCCACUGAAGAAACUGAAAAUCAAUGUCUUUAAGGUCCACAAGUGUGCUGUGUGUGGCUUCACCACCGAGAACCUGCUGCAGUUCCACGAGCACAUCCCUCAGCACAAGUCAGACGGCUCCUCCUACCAGUGCCGGGAGUGCGGCCUGUGCUACACGUCCCAUGUCUCCCUGUCCAGGCACCUCUUCAUCGUGCACAAGCUGAAGGAACCUCAGCCCGUGUCCAAGCAGAAUGGGGCUGGGGAAGACAGCCAGCAAGAGAAUAAGCCCAGCCCCGAGGACGAGGCCGCCGAGGGUGCAGCAUCAGACAGGAAGUGCAAAGUGUGCGCCAAGACUUUUGAAACGGAAGCUGCCUUAAACACACACAUGAGGACACACGGCAUGGCCUUCAUCAAAUCCAAAAGAAUGAGUUCAGCUGAAAAAUAGCCACAGAACUUCCAUAAGGAAAACCCCUAUCCACAUAGGAAUUAAAAACAAGACGUUUUUGUUACCAAAAGUUUGCAGUAUAACAGAGUUACCAGUACUGUCUAGGCUGUCACAAUAGACUCUGUUCUGCCCUCUCACCUCUGCAGAUGUAUCCCUUCCCAUAAGUGUUAAGGCAGUAUUUGAGGUUUAAAGAGUUUGUAUAUAUUUAAAUAACAUUUUAUACUCUUUGUUACAUGUUUGUAUCAGUAUUUGGUGGAAAAUGUUUUGAGGUUUUUUUUGUUUGUGUGUGUGUGUGUGCUGGGAUUCUCUUUUUUUGUACUGUUUCUUUAAAACGGAGUUCUUAGUAACAGGGGCAGUUCCCGAAUUCAAACCAACCAUUUUGUAUGUUACGAAUUUGAAUGAGUUCAAAAAUUACAGGCUCUCAUGCCUUUUUUAGUGUUUUUAAUUUUUAGAACUCGUCACAUAAAUCGUAGGUGAUUGUGGGCCUCACAACACUAGCAAUUUUUAAGUGUCUUAGCACCACCCGCGGUGUGCCUGCUCCUAGCAACUGAGGGCUUCAAGGACAAUAUCACCCAGGUGAGGGCGUGGCCUGAGCCAUCCCAGACAGCGUCAGCCUUACAGGCCCUGCCUCUCUCAACAGUGGGUAAAAGAGGCCAGGGGUCUAGUAGGGGGUGUGGGCAUCCUUAGGUCCAUCUGGGAGAAUGAGGAAGAAGGGAUCCAUAAAGGGGAGACAGUGGAGCUGGCGAUUUUUCUGGAUGAAUUUGCAAGGCUGACAUACAGGGCACAAGGAGACAGGCUAGGAAAAGGCCAUUCUGUCGUCAGAGUUGAAAGUCAUAGUUAGACCUACAGCUCUCUAUGUCAGGUUUUGUCAUGGAACUCACCAACUAUUCGGGAGACACAUGCUACAAGAGUAUCAAGUAUCUCUCUGGCUUUCGACAGAAGCAAAAAAGGCAGGGUUGACUUAACCUUUUGCUGUCUGCACAGUUGGUGUUUCCUGUUCUGGGUGCUACUGCCAAAUGUUCUGGUACUUAGUGUCAGGAUGCACAGCCUCACCACCGACUUAGCAAUGCAGCAGCCUGUACUCUGCAACUGGCCGUAGAUGAGCCACCAGGCUUCUAGAGUCGUUUCGGCACCCUCCCAAAGGCUGUCUGACUAGAGCACUGUCGGGUGCUCUUGGUCACAUCCCUCUAUAGUUCUCUGGGAAAGCUCUAUAUUUUGGUUAUCGUUUUUGUGUUUUCCGUUACAUUUUAUAUCUUGUAUUUAUCACCCGAUACGUUUUGUACUUUUUUUGGUUUUGUUUUCCUAAACGAAGAAACCCAUGUGUGUAUAUAGAUACUUGCAUGCUAGUCUGUACUCAACAUUCAGUUCCUUGAAAGGUCUUGCUACUGUCGGGUGUGCACCCUACACCACCGUGACUGUAUUCAAUCCAUUUCACAUGUAAAUAAACGAGGAACAUCUGUCCCUUGA